ACAGUGCACAGAAGCCUGCUCAGCUCGGAUCACAACCGAACUCAGGGCCAGCUGAAGUUUUGAUUUAUCGCAUUGGUUGAUGUGAUCUUUUCAGCCCUAUUGGAAAGGUAGAGGGGCGGGAUCAAAUGGUGACACAGUAGAUUGCUAAUGAGGCAUAAAAAUUCACAGAAGAGCCACAGGUGCGACGAGUAAUUAAGUCCAGUACUUUGGUGAGUGCAGAGUUCACCGACGAGAAACGGACAUUAAGAAGCAUGUAUGAGCGGACCAGGAAACACUGCUGGACCCUCAGAUAUCACUUCGUCUGGACCUCACUGACUGACCGUUGGCCUUGACAACCGUCGCCCUGCUCUUCACCCUUCACCCAUGCUGCGGAUAAGAGCUGAGGGACUACCCCCUUGCAGCCGGCCGCACUGCAGAAGGUCAGGGAGAGAAGAAGAAGAAGAGGAGAGAGGCGAAGACACAGAGAGGCAGAGGGAGAGACAGAGGGUGGGGUGUGUGGAUGUACAUGAACAUGCCGAGAGGACAGUGCGUGGACGAGCGAUGACAGCCAUGCUGAGCCCAAAGAUCAGACAGACCAGGAGAGCCAGGUCCAAGAGCAUGGUGAUGGGUGAGGUGUCGCGAGGCCCAUGCCGGCCGGCCUCCCCCAGCCUCCAGGAGGGGGCGCUGAAGGCUGGCUGGCUGAAGAAGCAGCGCAGCAUCAUGAAGAACUGGCAACUCCGCUGGUUUGUGCUGCGCUCGGACCAGCUCUUCUUCUACAAGGACGAGGAGGAAACCAAACCACAGGGCUGUAUACCUCUGCAGGGAUGCCAGGUCAACGAGCUCACAGCGAAUCCAGACGAACCAGGAAGACACCUUUUUGAGAUUGUACCAGGUGGAACAGGAGAUAAGGAUCGUGCACCGAUCAGCCAUGAAUCCUUCCUGCUCAUGGCAAACUCUCAGACGGACAUGGAUGACUGGGUCAAGGCCAUACGGCGGGUCAUCUGGGCGCCCUUUGGAGGAGGGAUAUUUGGUCAGCGCUUAGAGGACACAGUCCAGUAUGAGAAGAAGUUUGGCCCCCGGCUGGCCCCCCUGCUGGUGGAGCAAUGUGUGGACUUCAUCAGGGAGAGGGGCUUGGACGAGGAGGGUCUCUUUCGGAUGCCAGGACAGGCCAACCUGGUCAAAGAGCUGCAGGAGUCCUUCGACUGUGGCGACAAGCCUCUGUUUGACAGUAACACAGAUGUCCACACGGUGGCAUCCUUGCUAAAGCUGUACCUGCGAGAGCUGCCUGAACCAGUCAUUCCCUUCUGCAAAUAUGAAGACUUUCUAACCUGUGCACAGCUUUUGGCCAAAGAUGAGGAGGAGGGGGUCCAGGAGCUUGGCAGGCAGGUUAGCACUCUACCUCUACCUAACUUCAACCUCCUCAAGUACAUAUGCAAGUUCCUUGAUGAGGUCCAGUCCCACUGUAACGAGAACAAGAUGGGUGUCCAGAACCUCGCCACAGUAUUUGGACCAAAUAUCCUUCGACCCAAGAUGGAGGACCCAGUAACUAUCAUGGAAGGCACCUCUCUGGUCCAGCACCUGAUGACAAUCCUCAUCAGGGAACACAUCCGUUUGUACUCAGGGAGGGACCAGGAGGGAUCCAUGGCACCCCAGACGGAGCUCCCUCUCCAGGGACAUCAGCUCCAACAUCGCAGCCUGGGAGCCUGGAUCUCAGAGGAGGACCUCCCCAGCUGCCCGGUCUCCAACCCCGACCAAGAGCUGCACAGCAGCGCCUCAUCACUGGAUGCCAAACUUUGUGCAGCCGUCACUCCAACCCAGACCCCAAACCUGAACCCAGGACCAAAACUGGGGUCUUCAUCAGGGAAAGGAGAGACGCUGGUCAGCCCAAGCAAACAAGCCAAGACCACUCCCUCCUGGAAGUACUCCUUCAAAAGCUCUUCAGCUCCUCGUUCACAGACACAAGCCAAGCAAAGUAGCAGCAGCAGCUCUGUGGCUGAUAACACGAGUGUGUCUUCUGGUGGGGGAGGAGGUGGAGCUGGUGGUGGUGGCGGUGGAGGUAACUGGCUCAUGAACGGUUUGUCCUCCUUGAGGGGACACCGUCGCACGUCAUCAGGCGAGCGGUCUGCCCGGGAUCGCGACUCCACUGGCUCCUCGCAGAGACUCUCCACCUACGACAACGUCACCUCUUCCUCCAGCAUGGGGAGCGUCCCAAGUGUGUCCAGCACACCUUGGUCCACAUCCUCCUGCGAAAUCUCCGUCCCUGACUCAGGAAGCGAACCCUCAGCCAACCAGAACUGCGGAGUAGGGGGUGAAGGUGCGGACAAAGCGGAGUGGAUGGAGAGCCAGAGAGAGGCCGACAGAGGAAGGGAUGGAGGGACGACGACAGACCCGAGCUCCGAGCAGGACAGCUGCGAGGCCAUGGAGCUGUGCAGCAGCAGCGCAGCCUGCAGUGAGAACGGAAACAUGGCCAUGGCAGCAGGGGUGCCGUCCAUUAUCAUGUCCGAGGACGGAGACGGGACAAAUCUAACACUGAGCAGUUUGGUGGAAGGACUGAAGGACGAGUUGAGGAAGCAGAAGACAUCGUAUGAGGCCAGGAUCCAGAAACUCGAGGAGUCCAGCGCUGCUCUGUGUGCGCAGAUGGAGCGCCUGGAACAAGAGAUGGAGCAGGAGAGGAAGAAGCAACGCAUGCUGGAGAUCAAACUACGAAACUCCGAGCGGGCACGCGAGGACGCAGAGAACCGCAACCGGCUUCUGGAGAAGGAGAUGGAGGAUUUCUUCUCCACGCUGGGAGACCUGGCCCUGGGUGCAAGGACUAGUGACAUUUGACACGGCACGGCCACGUCAGAGUUUGUAUUUCGGUGUUAGGUGUCUUACAAGGGCUCGCGUCCUCCACAGUGCAUCAGGGCGUUCCUUCAGAUGAAUUCAAAAAAAAAAAAAAAAGAUAGAUGAACUGAACAUACCUGUGUGCAUUCAGAACAAUCUCAGACUGAAAGGUGGAGUUGAAGGAUGCAAAAAUCAAACUGGAAGUGACUGUGUCUCCAUCUCCACGGAGCACCAACUGGUUUUGACUUUCGUACGCAUGCUUGAACUGGACCGUUAAGAUGAGAAGACGACACUCCUUGACGAGUCCAGUGUUUGUCUUGUGAAGGCAGUGUUUUAACAGUGCAGGUGCCUGUAUGUAUGUGACUGGUGGAACAAAAUGUAAUUUCUCUGAAAUUCUCUAUACUGAAGUGCACUGACUUCUUCAACCACUAUUGUACAAGGACAUGACCAGAAUGGAUUUCUUGCUGAAACUGCAAGACCCGAUAGAGACAUUAAUGCUGAUUAAUAUCUUUAUCUGAUAUUAAUCUUUGAGGAAUAUGUGCUACAUUUUGGGGAAUACUCUGGUUUGCUUUCUUGCCAAGAGUCAGACGAGAAGGUUGAUACCACACUUUAGCGGGGUUCUUUUUAGGCAGCGCUAGGCUAACUCCUCUCACUGUCCUCUACCGUUUUCGUUAAGCUAGGCUAACCAGCAGCUUGCUGUAGUGUCAUCAUUUACAUACUAGCAUUUUGUAUUUUGUUAGUUUAGUUGUUAUUCCAUAGUUUUAUAGGAGUUUUAACCUUUAUGCAAAGCUAAUGUUAGUGGCCUUUGCUUUAGCUAUUUAUGUAGAAGAGUUCUUUUAAUUUCAGGCAGCACUAGGUUAACUCUUUCCACUGUCUUCUACCUUUUGUUAAGCUAUGCUAACCGGCAGCUUGCCGUAGCUUUAUCAUUUACUUACUAGCAAUUUAUAUUUGUUGGUUGAGUUGUUAUAUUGUUACAAGUUUUACAGGAGUUCUAACCUUUAUGCAAGCUAACUUGACUGGCCUUUGCUUUAUCUUCAUAUUUAGCAGGGCUAAAUGUCAGGCAGCGCUAGGCUAAAUCUUCCAACUGUUUACCACUUUUAUGUUAAGCUAGGCUAACUGGCAGUUUGCUGUAGCUUCACCCACUUACUAAUGUUAUAUCUUGUUUGUUCAGUUUAUAAAUUGAAAUGCAAGCUGCUGCUGGCUUUUUCCCUGUUUCCAGUUUUAAUGCGAGGCUAAGCUAAUUGCCAUGCUCAAGCUUCAUACUCAAAGCGUACAGAGGUUAAAGUGGUAUCAGUCCUCUGUCCUUGAUCUCAGGAAGAAAGUGAAUUAAUGUAUUUCAUAAAAUGUCAUGCUGUUCCUUCAACUGUAGGGUCAGUUUAACCAAAUUAUAUAAAAAAAAAAACAUGAUUUCUCAUUUGCCCAUUUUGGAAGCAAGCAACUCAAAUUUCUCUCUCUUUGGACAGGUUUCUUAAAUAUGAAGUUGAAUUUGAAUUUUUUUCAAAUUUGGUCUUUAAUAGCACGAACAACAAAAUUGACCUCCACUUUUAGCCUUUUAGGUUUACAGCUGAAGUCUCGUUGACAGCUGCACAAAGACCCUGGAAAUAUAAAACCCAAGUGAUUUUGCACGGCUCGAAAAUACAAGGGGUACUUGAGAAAAUUAGGUUUUUUUGUGAAUCUGAGUGAACUGACUGUUAAUUAAACUGUGCAAUGGUGGCUUUAGCAGAAGUUCCUUCACUUGCAUAUAUCCUCCUGCCCUCGUUUUGUACUGCUGACAUUUCCCUCCUGAAUGUUUAUCUCUAGAAUCACAUUUGUAUAUGGUAACACAAUAGCAGGUUUAGAUGACCACACUUCCCAGUAACAGGUGGAACCUCUGCAAUAGCUGCCUCCGUAUUUUCUCGUCCUCAGGCCCGUCCAGUGCCUCUCUCGUCACCAUCUACAUGGUCUCCAUUUGAUGGCAAAGCCUCAGUCUUCGGUUAACUCCGACCCUCACAGAUGUCAGUAUACCUUUUAAUGUACAAACAACACAACAGGGACAAAUGAAGCAUUUACAACUUAGCGCAUGCUGCCUUGAACACAGGCCACGUGGCUCAGAAGGUGAAGGCCAUUGACAGUACACAGUUAAUACCAAAGCUGGACCGCCUCAGCUGUUCGCUCACUAAAGAUCAGAAUGGCCUGCCUGGAAGCCAUGUUGAUUUUGGCACAUGAAGCUGAACACUGCCCUCAAAGAAACAAUGGAAUUUCCUGGUUGUGCCUUCAGGGAAGUGUUUAUAGGAAAAAAAAUGUAGUGUUGCUUGCUUGUCCGGAGAUUUAGUGCAUAUAUUCGCGCAUAGUCGACACAGUGGCUGCAUUGUAUCAUUUUUUUCUUUCUUUUCAAAUGGCAACAAACUGCUGAAGACGAGUAACUUGAUCUCCCUAGAAGGUGCCAAUUCUUGUGUAAGUGAAUCGUGAAAAUUGAAUGGAAGUUUUGAUUUGAGAAUGUAUCCUCGUAGUGAAUGUAACGUGUUGUUGAUGAAGCCAGCCCGAUGAAAAAAUAAACGAGGAGAGAGGAAAAAAAGACAGGUCACCGAUGGUGUUCAGGUCAUCCAGUUCUGUGACCCAUUACUGUGACCUCAGUUCUUAUCAAUGCUGGACAUGUGAUGUAUUAUGGGAUGUAUCACACAGACGCGCAUCGCAUCAGGACGCUGCGACGUGCUGUGUGUGGAUCCGGUCCAUUGAAUCAUUGACAGUUUUAUCUUUCCCAAAAUGAAGAGUUGCAUAUGUCUCCCUUGUGAGAAUUGCAUGUGGUUACAUUGUUGAAAAUGUCUUAUCACCAAUCAGAAGAAUGUCCAGAGGAGACACUUGAUUCUUACAGGGCACGACAGACGGUAUAAUUACAAGUGAAAGUGUGCUUUUGGUUGGACAAUGUGACUGUAUUUUUCCUUUUUAUAUUUUAUAAAGAAACAUGAAGCCAGUGUUGUUCCGUUAGCCUCUUCAGUUGCACAGAUUUACAUGGGGAAAUUGUCCUUUUCGACCUCACCCUGUGUGAACCAUCACUAUCACAGUUGACAAUACAGUGGUUGAAAUCUAUCGCAGGUUCUUUGAUUCCAACAGAUGCAUUUAUUUUCCUUUAUGUACGUGUCAUGGCGAAAGGCUCAAUGUUUCUUAUUGCUCUGCUGAUCAUCUAUGGUGCUUAUUUAUUAUGGAUUUCCACUAUUGUAAUGAAUGGACAUGUAUGGAAAUAAAGGUGAAAAAGAUCACCUGUGA